UGCCCAAUUUUCCGUAGCGAUGCCCACACUUUUUUCCAUAUUAAAUUUUGUAAUGUUGCAAAAAUUCAUGUUUUUCAAAACGGAUUAAAAUUCUUUAGAAGCAAAGUUGCACAGAAUAUGACCAGCAAGAUGGAAUAAUUCAAUAGUUCUUCCUUUUUGUUUUCUGAAUAAUAUUUUUUCGUGAACUUACAAUUUCUGAAGUUUAAGAAUAUGUAGCUUAUGAUGGUGCGUUUAAUAUUUUAUUUGGUGUUCCCCAAACUAUUUUAUGAUGAUAUUCUUUAACUAUAUUCUGCUAAUCUAUUUAUUUCUGUCAUCAGUUGGCACAAACUACGUGGCAAGAAAGAAACUGAUAUUGACUCCUGCCUGUGACCAUGGUGGUUGGCUGAAACAGUUGUAUUUGAAAGAAUCUGAAACUUGCUUAGAACCAAACUUCUUCAGAGUAAAGAAAAAUGAACACUUUCGGUUAAAAUCUGACGAUUCUUCUUUAAAAGUUACAUGCAAAUUAUUAUCAGAUUGCCAACCUGAUGAGUUUUGCUCAACGUUGGGAGUUUGUGAUAAAAAAAAUAAUGAGUGUCUCUACAUAUCUUCGGUAAAUGUGACAUGCAAAUCUGAUUGUGAAAGUUCGACAUGUAUUCUUCUCAACAACAUCACUAAAGAGAUUCACUGUUGUCCAGCUGAUCAAAAAAACUUUUUCUAUAAUAGAUGUUCCAAAACCAUCAAAUGUGGUGAAAAUGAGAAGUGCACAACCGACAUGGAUGGAUUCAUGUAUUGCAAAAAAAAGAAAAACCAAAAAAUUCCCAAACCAAAUGCAAAGUAUGAACAUUUUCUAAAGGGACCAUUAGCCAAUUUUGACACCGAAUUGUUUGGAAGCUGUGAAUCAGGUAACAUGAACAAAGUUCCGGCUGACACCGAGUUUUGUCCUGGGAAUCCGAUACCACUGGGUCACGAACAAAAAUGUUUUGGAGCAGUUCAGCAAGAUGAACUAUCUGGAAGCGCUCAUCCAUCCGGUGUAUGCUUUAAAGGGUAUUACUGUCCUGUUGUAAAUGUGACUGCUCAUUCUCUUCCCAAAAAACCUUACAUAACUCGUGUCCAAUGUGAUGCAAAAUGCAAAAUUCCGAUCAAUUGGGCUCACGCGUUUUGCGAUUCAAAACUUGGAAAAAUUGUUUUUAUUGGCACAGAAUUCAUAUUCUCGACAAAACCUCAACAUGAUGAUCACAGAAAAAUGCCAAAACCAAGAAAAUGUUCGAUUAAUUUACAUUGUACAAAUGGAGAUGUAUGUGUGAUAGGAUGGAUCAGGGAUGAGAAAAAUAAGUUGACGCCGUCAGCUGAAUGCUUGCCAAAUCCACUGAGACCAUCAACCAUCAUCCAUGCGAAUUAUUUGAAAGAUUUGAUGUACCUCUGGCUACUUUUUGGUUUUAUGGCAUUUUUAACUGUUUUUGGACUUUUGAGACGGAAGAAGACAUUUGAUGAGAAUAUAAAUAAAUGAAUUUGUUUCAUUCAA